UGCAGUCUCACGGAUCGUAUUACUGGCUGCUCUGCCCGUGCCGCUGAGCCCACCACCUCUGCGCCAAUCACAUCCUUGCCUUUAACCAACGCGCACGUGUACGCACGACCGCAGGCACGGAACCCACAGACACAGAUCCUGACAUACACGGCGAUCCAUCGCUCCGGUUCUCCGCUGCCUUCACAUGCGUCCCCCGCCGACACCGCGUAGCGCUGGCUGCGCCAAGAUGAGCGGUCGUCCCAGUGCCAUCUGAACCCCCGCUACGCCUGACUGACCCGGAACCGGGGAGAGAGAGACAGAGAGAGAGAGACAGAGAGAGAGAGAGAGAGAGAGAGAGAGAGAGAGAGAGAGAGAGAGAGAGAGAGAACCCAUCUUCUAUCAUAACCCAUCUUCCGUUUGGUAGAGACCGCAGCGCAAGCCGUUUCUUUCGGCAUCUUUUUUUCCACCCUCCUCUUCCUCCCGUUCUUACUGCACCCCCGCCGUUAUUAUCGGUCUCCCGGUUGAAAGGAGAAGGUGAAGAGCCCGGUCGUGAUUUUUGUGGAAAUACAUUUUGGCAUUUAUUUUUUCCUGCUGAGUGUUGGUAGCGCGCAGUUGGUGCGCGCCUUUGCAAAUUCCGGUGAAUGGUGGAUUUGGCAAACAUGGAGUCCGUGGAGAAGGAAUGCGGGGCCCUCGGGGGUCUAUUCCAGGCGAUUGUCAACGACAUGAAGUGCUCCUAUCCUGUGUGGGAGGACUUCACCGCCAAGGCCACCAAGCUGCAUUCCCAGCUCCGAACCACUGUUCUGGCUGCUGUGGCUUUUCUGGAUGCCUUUCAGAAGGUGGCAGACAUGGCUACCAACACCAGAGGGGCAACCAGAGACAUCGGCUCGGCUCUGACCAGGAUGUGCAUGAGGCAUCGCAGCAUUGAGGCCAAACUCCGCCAGUUCACCAAUGCUUUGAUGGAGAGUCUGAUCACUCCUCUCCAGGACAAGAUUGAGGAUUGGAAGAAGACAGCCAACCAGCUGGAUAAGGAUCAUGCCAAAGAGUACAAGAGGUCACGCCACGAGAUCAAGAAGAAGUCGUCUGACACCAUGAAACUACAGAAGAAGGCUCGUAAAGAGAUCCAGGGACGAGUGGACCUGCAGCCUCAGCUGGACAGCGCCAUGCAGGAUGUGACGGACAUGUGUCUGCUGAUGGAGGAGACGGAGAAGCAAGCGGUGCGCCGGGCCCUCGUGGAGGAGAGAGGUCGCUUCUGCACCGUCAUCGGCUUCCUGCAGCCUGUUGUGAACGGAGAGAUCGCCAUGCUGGGAGAGAUCACCCACCUGCAGGCCAUCAUUGAUGACCUCACUGUGCUGACGACCGAUCCUCACAAACUGCCCCCAGCUAGUGAACAGGUGAUUAAGGAUCUGAAGGGGUCCGAUUACAGCUGGUCCUAUCAGACCCCUCCUUCGUCCCCGAGCAGCUCCUGCUCCCGCAAGAGCAGCAUGUGCAGUGUCAACAGCGCCCACAGUAGCGCCUCCCGUGGUGGAGGCUCGCUGCCCCACUCUCCCACCUCAUCCUCCUCCUCCUCCUCCUAUCGCUACCGCAGCAGCCUGCCGCAUCAGCCUCUGCCACCGGGGGGCAUUGCCGCCCACCGCCUCAGCAGCGUCUCCUCCCACGAUUCGGGCUUUGUGUCCCAGGAUGCCAACAUCUACUCCAAGCCCCCCUCGCCCAUGCCCUCGGACAUCACUAGCCAGAAGUCAUCCAGCUCCGCAUCGUCAGAGGCCUCAGAAACAUGCCAGUCAGUCAGUGAAUGCAGCUCCCCCACCACCGAUUGGUCCAAAGCAGGUCAGUACGAGCAGCCGGUGGCUGCGGCGGCGGUUCAGAGGAGGAAGGAACCCCUCGAUCGACUGAGGGAGAACGAGAUGUCGCCGAGCUCCCAGGGAUAUGCCGGGCCGUUGCACCCCGAUGACGCGCAGAGACACAGGAUGACCCCGGCUACCAUCGCUGCCAAGCAUGGAGAGGAGGUGUCUCCAGCAGCCAGUGACCUGGCCAUGGUGCUGACCAGAGGACUGAGUAUGGAGCAGCAGAAAAGCAACAGAGACUCCCUGCAUUACUCCAGUGGCUACAGCACAGAGACCACAACCCCAUCCUGCUCUGAGGACACCAUUCCUUCACAAGGUUCAGAUUAUGACUGCUACUCAGUGAACGGUGAUGCUGAAGGACCAGAUGGACAGACAGAGUUUGACAAGUCCUCCACCAUUCCUCGACACUCUAACAUCGCCCAGAACUACCGGCGCAUGAUCCAGACCAAGAGGCCGGCUAGCACAGCCGGCCUACCCAGUGGGGUUCUUGGUCCUGGGGGUCAUGGGAUACCAGGACAACCCGGUGGAGCUGGUGGAGGUGGAGCAGGUACUCCAGGCACCGCCACCAUCCGCCGAACCCCGUCUACCAAACCGGGCGUGAGGCGCACGCUGUCCAGUGCGGGGCCUAUACCCAUCCGACCACCCAUCGUGCCCGUCAAGACACCCACAGUCCCCAGAGACUCGCAUUCACCCGGCGCAGCUGGUGGUGGGUACGCAGGUGGAGGGCACUUAGGUGGCGUGCCUGUGCGUGUAGGCAGCGAGGAGUGUGUGUUCUUCACCGGAGUCGAGGAUGGGCAGGGAGCGCUCGAUUAUGUGAAGGCGUCACCGAAGCGCCUCAGCCUGCCUAACACCGCCUGGGGAUCGGGGGCGGCGCUGGAGGUCUACGCCCAGCAGCACGGAGGCCUUCCAAUGGGAACGGGCUCCGGGGCCGGAUCAGAGGAGGAUCAGAUGAUCGCAGCCAAUCGGCACAGCCUCGUGGAGCAGAUUGGUGAGUUGGUAGCCAGCGCGCACGCUCUCGGAGAGGGGCAGUUUCCUUACCCCGCCCUCCCCGAUGACCCGGCCCUGCCGCCAACCGAUGCUCCGUCAGGGUCGGAGGGGGCAGAAGGGUCCGGUGACAUGUUGACCACCAUCAGGAGAGGAGUCCGCCUCCGCAAGACUGUCUCCAAUGACCGCUCGGCGCCACGCAUUUUGUGAUUGGAGGAGAAGCAACGAGAGGAUGAUACUUGUCAGCCAAUAGGGAGUCAGGUGUUGGUGUGGUG